AGUCCAUAUCAUCAUCAUUCAUUUCAUAAUUCAUACACUUACAUACAAAAUCAAAAUGGCUUCUAUUUUGUCUUCAAAUAUUGUCUUCAUCAUCUUCUUUAUGCUUUCUCUUUUACAUUUGAGUUCAGCAGCUAGAAAACUUGCUGACUCAGACCAACAACAGCUUCAAUUUCAGUACCACAAAGGCCCUCUUCUCACCGGAAAAAUCUCCAUAAACCUUAUCUGGUACGGCCAAUUCAAACCUUCCCAGCGGACCAUCGUCUCCGACUUUAUCACCUCCUUCUCUGCCGCCACCGCCGCCAAACCCUCCGUCGCCACCUGGUGGAAAUCCACUGACAAAUACUACCGACUUAUCAACUCCAACAACCCAACCUUCACACUGGGAACCCAAAUCCUCGACGACAAGUACUCCCUUGGAAAAUCACUAACCGAAAAACAAAUCGUCCAGCUUGCAUCCAAGGGUGCACAUAACGGCGCCGUAGUCAACGUUGUUUUGACCUCCGCUGAUGUGGCAGUGGAAGGAUUCUGUUCCAGUAGAUGCGGGACGCACGGUUCAACCGUGGGCGUUCACAAAUCAGCUUACAUAUGGGUUGGAAACUCCGUGACGCAAUGCCCCGGUCAAUGCGCCUGGCCAUUCCACCAACCCAUGUACGGGCCUCAAAGCCCGCCAUUGGUUGCUCCCAACAACGACGUGGGCCUGGACGGGAUGGUUAUCAACUUGGCUAGCCUUCUGGCUGGGACCGCAACCAACCCAUUCGGAAAUGGAUUCUUCCAAGGGCCCAAAGAGGCUCCUCUUGAAGCUGCUUCGGCCUGUUCCGGGGUUUAUGGAAAGGGGGCUUAUCCAGGCUACGCUGGGGCCCUCUUGGUGGACCCCACAAGUGGUGCUAGCUAUAAUGCUAAUGGAGUCAACGGAAGGAAAUACUUGUUGCCUGCACUCUUUGACCCUGCCACGUCAGGUUGUUCUACUCUCGUAUGAGUAACGACUUUUAUAUCAACCAUGCUAUAUGUAUUCUAAGAUAUUCAUUACAAUUUAUACCGAGUUAUUUAGGUCUUUAGGGUACAUAGAGUAUAUUGCUAUAGAUAUUUUUUUAUUCAUUUGCUGUAUUUUGAUGAAAGGAAGAAAUAAAAUGAGAUUGAUUGUACUAAUAAAGAAAAAUAAUAACAUGUGUCUAUGAAUUAAAAA